AUGGGUCUGUACUGUGGGGGGUUUGUCCUUCAGAACCAUUACGGAGGCCGGGUCAGAGGUUUUAGCCGAUCACUUGGAGUCUGCACCAGCCUCCUUGCUGAAUGCUGGGCUCUUCGCAAUAUAGGCAUCCAAUCUCUAAUUGUAGAAUUGGAUGCCAAGGUGAUCGUUGAUCUAGUUCUGAGCAAUGAGUGCAAUAAUCUACCACUAAUGCCUAUCAUUCUUGAUUGCAGGAGACUCAUACAGCACUUCGCCAAUUUUAGGAUGGAGCACAACCAGAAAGAGGCCAAAAUGGUAGCAGACAGCUUAGCAAAGCUGGCUAGGAUCUUUUGCAUCUAG